AUGGCUAGAUCAUAUACACCUCUGCUCGCCGUGAUGUGUGUUUUGCUACUGCCACUUGCGGCCAUGGCGGCUGGAACACCAUUUCAUAUAGAAGGAUGUGUUUACUGCGACACUUGCCGCUUUGGAUUUGAGACAAUCCUCACCAAAUAUAUCACCGGGGCAAAAGUGAAAAUAGUGUGCAAAGACAGUGUGACAUUGAAAUCGGAGGUUGUCGGUGAGGCGGUGACAGGACGCCGAGGAAGAUACAGAGUUGCCGUCAAAGGAGACCGACAGGACCAGCAAUGUCUGGCGGUGCUCGUCAAUAGUCCUAUCUCCAACUGCCAAUUCCCUGAUCCUGGUCGCAACACUGCCACCGUAAUCCUCACACGUUCUAACGGUAUCGCCUCUACUCGCCACUUCGCCAAUGCCAUGGGCUUCUUCCGGGACUAA